UAAAAGAUUCUGGGGCACCUAGGGAGGUGAUGGGGGAGAAUGCUGCUCUUCAAGAAUCCUGACACAGCCCCCAAGGGUGCGUGUGCCACUGCCUAUGCUUAGCUGCGAAACGUGAAGUCACUCAUUCCUUGCACCAGAAACUCUGGCUUGCAGGCUUCGGCAGCCACGUCCCCACCUGCUCGGUUCCCUCGUCUGUGCAGUACAGCAGAUCACGGAAAGGGGAACGCUCCCUUUAUUCUGGAUGCUAGCUGCCUCAACGCCCCCCCCAAAGCCCGUUAGAAGCAGCCUUGGAAUCCUACGUGACCUCGAACGGUGGUGACCUCGCAGCCAUGCAGCACAAUAUCAUUGUUGCACCCCCACCGCCAUCUCUUCCGGGGGCCAUGAGGAUUUCGUGGGUUAUGCUGAUCAUUCUAAGUUGUUUCAGCUUUCUGUCGAGCUCCGUUAACCUCACCCUGCCCUCCUUCUCUCCAGCUUCUUGACCUGUCCUAGAAGACAAGCUGUUGUCCAGAGAAAGACCCAGGACCAUCCUCAGCAUCACCUCCAGGCGAUGCUGGGAGAGGACCCCGCUCGCUUUCCUGUGCAGGGAAUCCGGAGCAGGUGACGGCGAUGCCCCAGAAAGGAAAGAACUGGAGGUCCAUGUGUAAGGGGCUGGUCCUGGGGACUCUGCUGACCAGCUUCAUGCUUCUCCUCUACUCCUACGCCAUGCCGCCCUUACAAGUCAGCAUGACCGAGGUUCCCAUUCCCUAUUCCUGCUCUUCUUACCCCGCUCAGGCCCGGCUGCCGGUUUCAGGAAACGGGAGUCAUCAUCCACCUGGACAGAAGUGCCUCCCGAAGCUGGACAUUAUGUUCAUGAAGACUCACAAGACGGCAAGCAGCACCAUCCUCAACAUCCUUUUCCGCUUCGGGGAAAAGCACCGCCUGAAGUUCGCGUUCCCCAACGGACGCAAUGAUUUUUACUAUCCGUCCUUCUUCGAGCGAAGCCAAGUGCAGGACUACCAGCCAGGCAUGUGCUUCAACGUCAUUUGCAACCACAUGCGCUUUAAUUAUGAGGAAGUGCGCAAACUUCUGCCAGCAGACACCACCUUUGUGACCGUGCUGAGGGACCCUGCCUACCUCUUUGAGUCUUCUUUCCACUACUUUGGGCUCACCAUUCCCUUGACCUGGAAGUUGCCUGGCGAGGAUAAGCUGGCUGAAUUUCUGCGCGACCCUUUGCAUUAUUACGACCCCAGCGGAUUCAACGCUCACUACCUCCUGAACCUCCUUUUCUUUGACCUGGGCUACGACAAUAACAUGAACGCCGACAGCCCGCUGGUUGACCAGUAUAUCCGUGAGAUUGAUGACCGCUUCCAUCUGGUCAUGCUGUUGGAGUACUUUGAUGAAUCCUUGGUGCUUCUGAAGGACUUGCUUUGUUGGGAGCUAGAAGACAUCCUCUACUUCAAGCUCAACGCCCGGAAAGACUCCACCGUCUCGAAACUGACCGAGGAGCUUUACCAGAAAGCCACCGCCUGGAACCUCAUAGAUGCCAAACUCUACCGGUACUUCAAUGCCACCUUCUGGCACAAAGUGGACAUGUACGGGAGAGAGCGGAUGGCCCAGGACGUGGCCAGGCUCCACGAGGAGAAUGAGAAGAUGAGGAGCAUCUGCAUCGACGGGGGACGCCCUGUGGACGCCAACGCCAUCCAGGAGUCUGCCAUGCAACCUUGGCAGCCGCUGGGCGAGAAGUCCAUCUUGGGUUACAACCUGAAGAAGAAGAUUCACAAGAAGCACCGGAAGCUGUGCCGCAAAAUGCUGACCCCUGAGAUCCAGUACCUGACGGACUUGGGGGUCAAUCUCUGGAUCACCAAAUUAUGGAGCCGGGUACGGGAGUUUCUCAAGUGGUAGAAGGUGGCCACACUCCCUGUUCCUGCCGACCAUGCACUCCCCCCCUUACCCAAAGAAAGAUCCAGGUCCUUUCGCUUCAGUCCCCAUGCCCCGUUUGUCCUUAGGUUAGCUGGUUGGACACCUCUUUCAUUGCGCCAGCAGCCAAUGCAAGACAUGACUUGCCAAGGAGAAGGACUUCUGGUCCCUGGUGGCUGAGGAAGGAGAGGACCGGCAGGGUGGCUGGGUUGAGAACGAAAGACAGAUCUGCGAGUCGCCUGGUUAUCAGGGGCUUUUGUGGGAGGGAACACACAAGACUGAAGCAGAGAAGACACACACACACCGGUGUCGUCUGGAUUCCCAUUACUUGACCCCUCCCUGUUGCUUAAGGUAAAAUAGCUGAACAGACAGGAAGAGAAAACAGCCACAGGACCACCUUUGCCAUAACCAUUUAGAACUCUCUUCUCUGCCUCUGGACCUCAGUUUCAAGCUUUGAUCUGGGCAGAGACUGCAACAGACAAACUGCUGGCCGAUUUUCUUAAGCCCCAG